AUGGGUAUCGACUUGGACCGUCACCAUGUGCGCAGCACACACCGCAAGGCUGCUAAGAGCGACAACGUCUACUUGCAGGUGCUUGUGAAGCUUUACCGCUUCUUGGCUCGCCGCACGGAGUCCAACUUCAACAAGGCUGUUCUCCGCCGCCUCUUCAUGUCGCGCAUCAACCGCCCCCCGGUUUCGAUCUCGCGCAUCGCUUCCAACAUCAACGAGGCGCACAAGGGCAAGACCGUCGUUGUCAUUGGUACCGUCACCGAUGACAACCGCCUUCUGGUCGUCCCCAAGCUCUCCGUCGCCGCUCUGCGUGUUACCGCCACUGCUCGCGCUCGUAUUGAGAAGGCUGGUGGUGAGAUUCUCACCAUGGAUCAGCUUGCUCUCCGUGCCCCCACCGGUGCCAACACUCUGCUUCUCCGUGGUCCUAAGAACGCCCGUGAGGCUGUGAAGCACUUCGGCUUCGGCCCUCACUCUCACAAGAAGCCCUACGUCGCCAGCAAGGGCCGGAAGUUCGAGCGUGCUCGUGGUCGCAGACGCUCCAAGGGUUUCAAGGUCUAG